CUAGACUUGUCUUUUUCUCUUCCCGUCGGUGCUUCUGUUCUGGCACGGAACGGAACACUCGUGCCUCUCGUGGCAACCGUCACGCCUCCGGUGCCAACAAUCGCGUUUCCGGUAAAGCAGGACAUUGGUACAGAGGGAACCCCGCCGCACAGUGGACCGCACGAAACGAAAGUUGGCUUCAUGUUGGGACAGUUGGCGGUCCGCUGACCGAUGCCCAUAAAUGUUGACCGAGCGUGAAAAGACCGUGGUCUCUACUGCUGUCCUCGCCGCAGUCGGUGUCGGUGUAAUCUACGUCCUGUCGCGCUACCGAAAAGGCAUCAUGAGCCGGCUGAAGGGACUGAACCAGCGAGAUCCGUUGCGCGGACAGCAGGUCCACAUCGUCAACACGGCCGACGACUGCCGAUUGAUCGUCAGUACGCUGCACAAACACUGUCAGGAGUACAACGUGCUAGGGUUCGACUGCGAGUGGGUGAACAAUCAGGGCAAGCGACGCCCGGUUGCUAUGCUGCAGCUGGCCUCGCACCGUGGGCUUUGUGCGCUGAUACGGCUUUGCGCGAUCAGCAAACUGCCCCAGGAGCUGUACGAUCUGCUGAACGACGACAACAUCGUCAAGGUCGGUGUGUCGCCGUACGACGAUGCGCGGUUGCUCCGCGAGGACUACAUGCUGAAGGUGGAGAGCACGUUGGAUUUGCGCUUCAUGGCCGAACGGGCCGGCCUGGAACCGUUCGGGAUUGCACGGUUGGCGAACGAGGUGCUCGGUUUGACGCUCGACAAACACUGGAAAAUUCGUUGCUCUGACUGGGAGGCACCCGAGCUGUCCGACCGGCAGAUUAAGUACGCCGCCAGCGAUGCCCACGUAGCGGUGGAAUUGUUCAAAAAGUUUGCCUACAAACUGGUGCCACACUACCCCUGGACGAGCCGUAAAGUGGUGCUGGGUCAGGUGCUGGAAGAGAUGGACUGCUUCAUGGAUCAGCCGUACAACAGCCGCAAAGCGAAGUCCAGUGGCGGCAGUUCGAAGAUGAAGGCAAAGAACUGUCUCAACCCACAACCUCAACAGAAAGCGGCCAAACGGAACUAUUCGACGCGAACGAAGCCACUCUACCACAACUGUCUGUUGGAGGCGCCGGACGGUGAGCUGCUGUGUACGUGCGACCGUCGCAAGGCGGAAUGGUACGUGCAGCGUGAGCUGGGUGACGUGAUGGGCUUCGACCCGUACACGGUCCGCCUGCGUUUCGAACCGUCGGGGCGCGCGGUGGACGAAGCCGGCAAGUACUACCAGCAGACGAAGGAGAACAUUUGCGUCGUAUGCGGUGCGGACGAGUGCUUCAAUCGGAAGAACAUUGUGCCGCGCGACUAUCGGAAACAUUUUCCAGUGAUAAUGAAGGAACACGUUUCGCACGAUGUGCUGCUUCUCUGUACCGAUUGCCACCAGCGCAGCAACAUCACCGACGAGCGAUUGCGGCAAGAGCUUGCGGAAGCGUGCGACGCCCCGCUUUCCGGGCAGAAGAACGGUUCCAAGGAGAUACGCCUCGAGUCGAUGGCCGAGAUUCGUAAGGCGGCCCGAGCCCUGCUGUACAGUGCGGCGCAGAUACCUCCCGAGAGGCGGCAGCACCUGGAGCAAAGGUUGCUGCAGUUGGUUAGCGAAAGUGCGGCACCGCAGGACGAUCCGUGGGGUGCGUUGCAGGCGACGGAGCUGACACCGGAAGUGUUGCAGUUUUACAGCAACAUCGACGUGUCGGUUCGCAACGAGCUGUACUGUGCGCACGGGGAGCGUGUGGUCGAGCACUUUAAGCAGCGGCUCGGUGGCUUGAGCCAGUUGGAGCGUAUGUGGCGCGAGCAUUUCCUGAAAACCAUGCGCCCCAAACAUCUGCCCGCCCUCUGGUCGGUGGAUCACAACUACAAGCGGUUGGAGAGUCGUGCCGGCGAAGGACGAGUCGAUGUGGAGGAUCUUGCAAUCGCCGGGAUCAGCCUGCUGUCGUCACCGUCGACCUCAACAACCCGAUCUCCUUCCAGUACUAACUCGAACACCUACGGCAGUCGCACGUUGAGCGACGUUCCGUCAACCCGCUUCUACUCAAACAGGGAACUACAGGCACGGGGGGCCAGCGCGAACGGUAGCACCGUGGCGAGCGUUUCACCCCAAACGACACAGUACAAAUCCUUCCAGCAAAGACACGGUUGGACGAAUGCUUCGGACGGUUCGUCGGCCGAUGGUUCGACGGUGUUCAAAUCCGUUCAUCAAUCAGCUUUCACCGAGCACGGCCAGUCCAGCACCCAGCCGCAGCAGCAGCAACAGGAUAGUGAGCUUUCGACGGAGCGCGACUUUGCCUCGCUGCAACUCACCUACGACAGUGACGACUCUAAUUCGACACUCUCGCAACCAUCUUCGACGCUGCUCAACUCCAACGGUACGUUCCCGGACGAUGAUGACGAGAUGUUCGCCGUGGAAGCGGUUCGUGCGGUAAAUCGCGCAAUCGAAUCGAAUGGAAGCAGGGUGCAUGAUGAGGACGACACAGACGAACGGAGUCUGAGUGCGGUGGACAGUUUGGUCACCGACAGCUCCUCCUCGUCUGGCACCGCCACCAGAGGCCAUCACCAACGGCGCAGCGACCCAUCGCAGGCUACACGUAACGGUACGUCAAACGCCACGGUGUCGUACUAAAACCCAGGAGUAGUAUCCCAUUCAGGAGUUGGUAGCAUCCUUGCGGCAGACAUUACUCGGUUAGUAUUCGGGCGUGUGAUGCAGCAAUGUCACGCCUCAUAGUCAAACGCGUACCCGACGCGUGACGAAACCGGUCAUCGCGG